GAGAGAGAGAGGAAGAAGCAGAGCAAGAGUGAGAGAAAGAAAGGCAAUAUGGUUACUCAGCCCUUUUUCCGAAAUCUGUUUCUGCUUUUAGGGAUAGGAUAUGGAUAUAGUACUCCACACAGCCUCACCAAGUUCGCCUCUCCUCCACUACAGCCACUGAGCAGGUGACUGAGGCACUGUUGAUCCAGGGUCAUAUCCUUACUCGCCCUAGAAUGUAAGCUCAGGCAGGGCAGAGGCCAUGCCUGACUUGCGCAGCCCAAUGCUUCACACAGCCUAGGUGUCUAGCACAUGGUAGAUGCUCGGUAAAUAUUUGUUGAAUGGAAGAUCAAAUGAAUGAUUGCAGCAAGCAAGUCUUGUAGGCGUCCUGGAGCCCAAGGAUUCUGCAGUAGGCAGCUUUCACAGAGGUUCUUCCAGUGUAGUGGCUCCAGGUCUGGGUGGAGUGGGAUCAUCAAUGUCGGCCCCCAGGGUUCACAGCUGUUCUGAACCCCGCCCCCAGGUGGCAGGGCAGCCGUCAGUCACGUGCUGGCGGCUGGCCAAUCAUCGGGGGCGGCGCGGGGAGGGGCGGUGUAGACGGAGAAAGUGAAGGGUGAGGCACUUCCCUGUAGAUUUUCCAGCGGAUCCCCGGUGGCCUCAUGUCGCGCAGCGGAACCGAUCCUGAGCAGCGCCAGCAGGCGCCAGAGGCGGACGCCGCAGCAGCAACCUUCCGGGCAAGCGGUAACUGCACCGCGGCAGGGACUCCCUGGGGCGCGGAGCCGAGCCCUCCCCUUCUUUAGGAAGCUCUCGCCCCCACCUAAGGUUGGAACGCUCAUCCCGAGCCAGACCGACAAGGCAUACAGUCGCCUGUGUACGAGCUGCAGGCCAAUUGGCGUUGGGAAGGUCCAAUCCUGGGCCUCUAGCUCCUGAGCGGGACGGGGCGGAGAGGACGCUUCCGAGCUUGGGCCUGCUGGUGGGUGAGACCCAGGAGAGAGGGAGCUAGAGAGCUCUGAGGACUGAUCUUAACUGUCUGCCCCUAGACCAUCAGCAUAUACGCUACAACCCGCUGCAGGAUGAGUGGGUGCUGGUGUCAGCUCACCGCAUGAAGCGGCCCUGGCAGGGUCAAGUGGAGCCCCAGCUUCUGAAGACAGUGCCCCGCCAUGACCCCCUCAACCCUCUGUGUCCCGGGGCCACCCGAGCCAAUGGAGAGUAAGGUCAUGUGCUUCCACCCCUGGUCGGAUGUAACGCUGCCACUCAUGUCGGUCCCUGAGAUCCGGGCUGUUGUUGAUGCAUGGGCCUCAGUCACAGAGGAGCUGGGUGCCCAGUACCCUUGGGUGCAGAUCUUUGAAAACAAAGGUGCCAUGAUGGGCUGUUCCAACCCCCAUCCCCACUGCCAGGUGUGGGCCAGCAGUUUCCUGCCAGAUAUUGCCCAGCGUGAGGAGCGAUCUCAGCAGACCUAUAAGAGUCAGCACGGAGAGCCCCUGCUAAUGGAGUAUAGCCGCCAGGAGCUACUCAGGAAGGAACGUCUGGUCCUAACCAGUGAGCACUGGUUAGUACUGGUCCCCUUCUGGGCAACAUGGCCCUACCAGACACUGCUGCUGCCCCGUCGGCAUGUGCAGCGGCUACCUGAGCUGACCCCUGCUGAGCGUGAUGAUCUAGCCUCCAUCAUGAAGAAGCUCUUGACCAAGUACGACAACCUCUUUGAGACGUCCUUUCCCUACUCCAUGGGCUGGCAUGGGGCUCCCACAGGAUCCGAGGCCGGGGCCAACUGGGACCACUGGCAGCUGCACGCUCAUUACUACCCUCCGCUCCUGCGCUCUGCCACUGUCCGGAAAUUCAUGGUUGGCUACGAAAUGCUUGCUCAGGCUCAGAGGGACCUCACCCCUGAGCAGGCUGCGGAGAGACUAAGGGCACUUCCUGAUGUUCAUUACAGCCUGGGGCAGAAGGACAGGGAGACAGCAACCAUCGCCUGACCAUGCCGACCACAGGGCCUUGAGUCCUUUUUUUUUUUUUUUCAACAGUCUUGCUGAAUUAAGCAGAAAGGGCCUUGAAUCCUGGCCUGGAAUUUGGGCAGAUAUAGCAUUAAUAAAACUGUGCAUCUCAAACUUUAA